GUUGUUAGGUUACUUCCGCUGUCAAUGUAAACCACCACAGAAUUUUUCCAAGCGAAAGCUUUCUGCAACACGUAAACGGCAAAGAUGGCCACCCAGACGUGGGAUAUACCAGAUUUUGGUGUCGAAAGAAAAGGAUCCUUAUUCCUACGCUCAAAUGAUAUGAAUUAUGGGAGGGCCACUCUCACUUCAAACUGGCAUCAAGCCAGGGAAGCUGAGCCCAAAGACUAUGACAUCAGCAAAAGUCCAGAGAGAGAUCUGUGUAAAGACACGUACAGGAGGAUUGGAGACGUAACAGAUGGGUCCCUACCUAUGACAACCUACCAGGACCAUGCCCAACAGAUUAAUCUCAGGAAGAACUUUGAGGAGAGGGAAACCCGCAAACCAAUGAUAACGAUGGAGACACUAGAACACGCUCACAUUGACAGGGACACUGGUGCACCAAAAGAAGGUUUUGGUUCAGUUCUGCCACUUCACGACCCAGAUCACAACAAGAUGUACAUGGAAACCACACACAAGGCAGAUUUCGGAGCACCAUAUCCUUAUGAACCAGCACCGGAAAGGCCUCCAGAUUUUGAAGAUCUCUCUCCAGCAUACAGAAAAUGCAACUCCCAGUUUACAGACGGGGCUGACUACAGGCGUCUUGGACGCAACACGUGGCAAGACGAGAGUGGAAUCUACAGCAACACCCACUUCAAGAGACAAGUGUACAAACCUACUAACACCAUCCCAAGUACAGUAAAGUUGGAGUAGUGGUAGCAUCACGCAUGUUUGCUAAUGUAUAUUUGAAACAUAUUUACACAAAACAUCUUGUUUGUCUAAGUCAACACAGUAACUCUAUAUCAUGUUGAUAUACCCUCCUUUCCAAGGGGUUGUAUUCAAGUAUUUGUUGAUAUUACAUAGGUGUAUUUAGGUCAUCUGGUGUAAGUUUGCAUGGGAUAAAUAUGUUAUAGUCAUGAAAUGACUGGAAGAACUGUAGAAGCAAAACUCUUGCAUAUUUAGAGAUGAAUCACUGAAUCUGCGUGACUUUUUAGAAAUUUCUAACACCAUAGUUAUGGUCAAUGGUAUUUGAAUACUUUUGACAUUGUUUUAUUAAACCUAUUGGUAUUAGCUGGACUCUUGAUGGCAAAUCAAAUUUGUUUUUAACUUUACCAUGUGUUGCAGAUAUGAAGAUGUUUGUUGAGGAUUGUAUAUAAAUAAAUGCAAAAUUCUA